UCUCUUUUGUUUCUUCAAUGGCAGAAACAAUAGGAAGUUAAUGAAAAUUCACGUGAAUCUCUCCGAGACUGCUCUUACACUAACCUUCUUCAAACCUAACCAUGCAAUUAUCUCUCCUAUCUUUCCUCUUCAAUGACACUUGUCCCUUUUAUUUUAUAACACCCACUCUCUCUUUCUGGUUUUCUUUCUUUUUAUUGUUUCUUUUAAAUCGCAUUCUAUAUAAUUGCACCUUCUUCAGCAACCUUAAUCUCCAAUUUCCUGGGAAACCCUUGUAAAGAAAAGGUUUCCCGGAUCCCAAACACCCAUCUUUCUUUCAUUAUGGUUCCUCUGACCUCUUAUUAAUUCUUGUUUGAGGAAAGAAAAGGAAGGCUUAAUUUAUCAUCAAUGGAUUUUCCUUCAUUAAAGAAAUCAUUCAAAAGUCAGAGUUCCUAUAAACAACAACACACGAGGAAACUCUCUGCUGAUGGAAGUGCAUCAAGCCACCCCAGCAGCCAGGAAGAGUUGCCUAUUCUUGGUCAUCAUUACCAAUUGAACAAUCAUGAUCACCACGCAACUCCACAACCAUCAAAUGUCGGAUCUUUUGACCGGGCUGAGGUCAUUGUCAAGGUUGAUGCUGGCAGUUCCAGCUCCGAGAGAAGUAGUACAGCCUCUAAUAUUAGUAAAACACGAAGAGAGGCUAGUGUUAGUUACAUGCAACAUGGGCAUCAGGAAAUCGAGGAUCCACCGUCAGUGCUCAUCGGUGAAUUCCUGAACAAACAGAAAAUUGCUGGUGGUGAGAUUUCUCUAGACAUGGAAUUGGAAAUGGAUGAGCUGAGACGAGAAUUACAUGAUCGAAACUUGCCGCCAUUUCCUGAAUCUCCACUGGACAGCAGCAUCAAUCUUUCUAAGGAAAUUCGGGUUUCUUUCGAUCCUUCUCUUUCUGGUGGCGUUGAAGGUUCAUCAGAGUCUAUAAGGAGACGGUAUAAGGAUUUGCAAGAAGGCAAAGAUGAUAUGUUAUUCAGUGAUACUCAUCGUCAUAAUCAACAAUCUAGUCCUGAUGAGGUGUUGAGGUGCACAUCGAGUGCGUCUUUUCGAGUACAGCCCAGCAGCAAAAUAUCAAGAUUGAAAACGAAAUCAAGGCUUUUAGAUCCACCACCUGAAGAACGAGGGAGAAUUUCAGGGAGAUUGCCAACAAAAUCGGGGCCAUUGAAAUCUGGGUUGUUAGGCAGGGCUAUGGGCGAUGACGACGAUGAUGAUCCAUUAGACGAUGACGAUAUGCCUGAAGAGUAUAAGAAGAGGUCUGGUUUAAGUGCAAUGACUGUAAUUCAAUGGGUGAGUUUAAUUGCAAUUGUAGGUGCAUUGGUGUGUAGUCUUUCUAUAUCUGCUUUGAAGGAAGAGAGCUUUUUAGAGCUUAAAUUGUGGAAAUGGGAGGUUUUGUUGCUGGUUCUGAUAUGUGGGAGAUUGGUUUCAGGUUGGGGUAUUCGUAUAAUAGUGUUCUUCAUCGAAAGGAAUUUUCUUUUGCGAAAAAGGGUUUUGUAUUUUGUGUAUGGAUUAAGAAGUGGAGUGCAGAAUUGCUGGUGGUUAGGCCUUGUGCUUUUAGCCUGGCAUUUCUUGUUCGAUGAGAAAGUUGAGAGAGAAACAAAAGGAAGCUUUCUUAAGUACGUUACUAAAAUCUUGGUGUGCUUUUUGGUGGCUAAUUUUGUGUGGUUGCUCAAAACUUUAAUGGUUAAGGUUCUUGCUUCAUCUUUCCAUGUCAGUACAUACUUUGAUAGGAUUCAGGAGUCAAUCUUUAACCAAUAUAUAAUUGAGACGUUAUCAGGUCCACCAUUGAUUGAAAUACGAAGAAAUGAGGAUGAAGUAGAGAAGACUGCUGCUGAGAUUCGUAAGUUGCAAAAUGCUGGGCUUAACAUGCCUCCAGAACUCAAGGCAGCUGUCCUCCAACCAGCAAAGAGUGAAAGAGGUGUUUUGAGUGGGGGGGUACAUAAAAGUUAUAGGGGGAAAAGCUUCAAGUAUUCUAGGCAACUUUCAAAAAAGGAAGAGAAAAAGACUGAAUAUGGGGUUACAAUUGAUUACUUGCACAAACUGAACCCCAAGAAUAUUUCAGCUUGGAAUAUGAAGAGGCUGAUGAAAAUUGUUAAAUAUGGUUCUUUAUCCACUUUGGAUGAGCAGAUCCUGGGGGCCGGCGCUGACGACGAAUCUGCAACAGAGAUCAGAAGUGAAUACGAGGCUAAAGCUGCUGCAAGAAAAAUUUUUCAUAAUGUGGCUCGGCAUGGAUCAAAGUACAUCUACUUGCAGGAUUUGAUGCGAUUUAUGCGAGAUGAUGAAGCUUUGAAAACAAUGAGUUUCUUCGAAGGAGCAUCUGAACACGGCAGGAUAAGUAAAUCAUCUUUAAAGAACUGGGUGGUCAAUGCGUUUAGAGAGAGGAGAGCACUUGCUUUGACAUUGAAUGAUACGAAGACAGCAGUGAACAAGCUUCAUCAAGUGAUAAACGUAGUAGUUAGCAUUAUCGUAUUCGUCAUCUGGCUACUCAUACUUGGAAUUGCUACAAGCAAAUUCGUGGUCUUCGUAGGAUCACAGAUUGUUGUUGCUUCCUUCAUCUUUGGAAAUACUGUGAAGACAUUGUUCGAAUCGAUUCUCUUCUUGUUCUUGAUUCACCCAUUUGACGUGGGUGAUAGAUGUGAAGUGGAUGGAGUACAGAUGAUAGUUGAGGAGAUGAACAUUCUAACCACCAUAUUCCUAAGAGCUGACAAUAUGAAGAUUGUCUACCCUAAUAGUGUUCUUGCUACAAAGCCUAUUGGCAACUUCUACCGCAGUCCUGAUAUGGGUGAUGCAGUUGAGUUCUUCAUCCAUGUAUCCACUCCAGCAGAAAAAAUUGCUAUUAUGAAGCAGAGAAUAACAAGUUUCAUUGAAGGUAAGAAAGAGCACUGGUAUCCGGGUCCAGUAAUUGUGAUGAAGGAGCUGGAAGAUUUGAACAAGGUGAGAGUGGCAGUGUGGAUGAGGCAUAGAAUAAAUUACCAGGACAUGGGGGAGAGAUACGUCAGGAGAUCUCUUUUACUGGAAGAAAUGGUGAAAAUAUUUAAGGAUCUUGAUAUUCAGUAUCGCUUAUUCCCGCUUGAUAUCAAUAUCCGCACCAUGCCUCCUCUGAACUCUUGCAGCCCUCCUUAGAGAGACAUUCGCCUAUAUAAAUAUAUCUUAUUUUU